CACCCGCAAAUUCCAAGGCUCUCAAUUCUUCUCUCUCAAAAAAGUCUUCUGUUUAAUUCUAAUCUCCUUCUCCAAACCAAGUUUUCAAAACUGGGCCAGAUUCUCCUUUUUCAAAAUCUCCCAUAGCUUUCUCAUUCUACAGUACCAUAACUGCCAUUAAAAAAAGCUUCUUUUUUAUUUUGGUUGGUUGGGUUUUCACUCUGUUUUCUCCGUUUUUAUACAUAAAAACAAUUAAACAAAGUUGUCAUAUUCUUGAUUUUAACGUCCCCAUAUAUUUUUUCUACGACUUAGAAUUCUUCUUUCUAGCCCCUGAGAUAAUUCGUCUCCAUUCUUUGUUUUCUGAGUCGAUGAAUAUGGCUUCUGUGAGUGUGACCAACCCGAUUCAGUCUCCCGUCCGUACGUUUCGGAUUUCUUCCCUUUACUUGUCACCCAUUAGGAUUUCACCUAGCGUUGUUGCUCUCAAGUCUCGAUCAGUGACCACUAGAGCCUCAACAAACGGCGGCUUGGCUUUUUCGCCGCUGCCGGAGAAUGUCAUAAGUCGUAAGAAUAAAAGUGUGGAUACUCUUUCUAACAAGUUUAUGGGAUUUUCGGCUUUGGAUCAACGGCUGAGACGGCGAGGUUCUGCUGAAUUCCCUCUUGUAACGGCCGCAGCUGCCGAUGCCGACGGUUGUGAAAUUGAAGUUUCCGAGAAGCCUAAGAGCUUUGGAGAGAGAUUUCCUUGGCUAAUCACUGGAUUUUUCUUUUUCAUGUGGUAUUUUUUAAACGUCAUCUUCAACAUACUCAACAAGAAGGUCUACAACUACUUCCCCUAUCCAUAUUUUGUGUCUCUCAUACAUCUCCUAGUUGGAGUGGCUUAUUGUCUCGUUUCAUGGGCUGUUGGAUUACCUAAGCGUGCUCCUAUCAAUAAGGAGCUCUUGUUACUGUUGACCCCGGUUGCAUUCUGUCACGCCCUUGGACAUGUCAUGUCCAAUGUAUCAUUUGCAGCCGUGGCCGUCUCUUUCACACACACUAUUAAAGCACUGGAGCCAUUCUUUAAUGCUGCUGCUUCUCAGUUCGUUUUGGGCCAUCAAAUUCCCCUGUCAUUAUGGCUAUCAUUGGCCCCUGUUGUAAUUGGUGUCUCAAUGGCAUCACUGACUGAACUUUCUUUCAACUGGACUGGUUUCGUUAGUGCAAUGAUUUCAAACAUUGCAUUUACAUACAGAAGUAUCUAUUCAAAGAAAGCAAUGACAGGAAUGGACAGUACAAAUGUGUAUGCCUAUAUCUCCAUCAUUGCCCUCUUGGUUUGCAUCCCACCAGCUGUAAUUAUUGAGGGACCCAAACUGUUGCAACAUGGCUUCAAAGACGCUAUUGCCAAAGUGGGGCUGUACAAAUUUAUCUCCGACUUAUUCUGGAUUGGAAUGUUCUACCAUCUAUACAAUCAGCUUGCUACCAACACACUGGAACGAGUGGCACCGUUAACACAUGCAGUUGGAAAUGUGUUGAAGCGAGUGUUCGUGAUUGGGUUCUCCAUUGUAGUUUUCGGCAACAAGAUCUCGACACAGACUGGUAUUGGUACUGCCAUAGCAAUAGCUGGUGUGGCUAUGUAUUCCUUGAUAAAGGCAAACAUGGAGGAGGAGAAAAGGAAGGCAGCGGCAGCUUCAGCAGGAGGAGCAGCAGCAUUGUCUUAGCAGACAACUUUUGUAGUUGAGGAGAUAUUGAUGAGUGAUGAGCAUGAGAUUAGAUGAAGGAUUAUGCAAACCAGCCGGGAAACAUGUUCAUAUUAUAUUUCAAGGGCUUUGCAAGGAUAUAUUAUAAUUAUUCGGUAGAAAUAAAGGUUUUUUUUUUUUUUUUUUUUAAUGGACGUAGAAAUAAAGUUUGAAUCGGAUACCAAAUCAUUUCUAUAAGAAAUAUUAUUGGAAUGAAUGACAUUUUUUUAACCGUUAUUCCACUUAAUUUUGUUUCA